GGGCAACAGCCUGUGUGUAUCGUGAGUGAGUGGAGCUAUUCAGCCACCCGGGAUGUCCAAAGUCAAGGCUGCACCCCCACCAGGGUGCACAAUUAAUAUCAACGACCCUCAAGUACAAGAGGCAGCUAUCCGCAUCCAAGCUUCUUAUCGGGGCCAUCGGUCCAGGAAAGAGCUACGUGAAAAAGGUCCACCAAAGUUUCUGCAGGAGUUAAAAGAUGUGCUCCUGGUGGAAGGAAGUGCGGCAAAGUUGGAGUGCCGGGUCAGUGCUUUUCCUGACCCCUUUAUCAUCUGGUCAAAGGAUGGAAAAGAGCUAAAAGAUGGACCCAAGUAUUGCUAUGUAUUUGAGGACCCUGAUAUUGUGGCGCUAGUGGUGCGUGAUGGAGAGUUAGCAGAUCUGGGCAGAUACACUGUUACUAUUAAAAACCCCUUUGGUCAGACAUCCGGCUCUGCCUGUAUCAGAGUAGAAGUCCCAGCUAAGGUGACCAAGGGACCAGACAGCAUAAAAGGCAGAAGAGGUACAACGGUGGUGCUGAAGGCAGAGAUCAGUGGGGAACCUCCCCCUGAUGUUGGCUGGCUCAAGGAUGGAGACGAUAUAGAGGAAGACGACAGAGUAUUUUUCGAUGUUGGUGACACCAACACCAUUCUCACUAUUAAAAGUGCACGUCCAUCGGAUUCGGGGAAGUACGAGGUGUUUGUGGAGAACAACUUGGGAACAGAUCAGUCCUUCGCUCGAGUGGACAUCCUGUGAGGACAAUCAAAUUGUUACAUCAAACAUGAACAUCAUUUGUUGUGUAUAAUAUGUUCUGAUCUAUCUAGACAACCUAUGAUGGCUUGUAUUAUUAAAGAUAAAACUAUUCUGAAUUCAUAUAUAUAUAUAUAUAUAUAUAUAUAUAUAUAUAUAUAUAUAUAUAUAUAUAUAUAUAUAUAUAUAUAUAUGAUUUCAUGUGAUUUCUGUUCAAGUCUCCUCAAAGGCAGUACAGAUUGUGAAGGGUUUCAAUGUGGAAAUUUCUUGACUGUCAUUGACUAUCACUGUGCAUUGUAACCCCUUUAUUGAUGAGGUGUUUUCCUUUCUAAAAAAAAGACACACGAUAUUAAGGAACACUGCAGAUUUUCUUUUUUUUUUUUUACAGCAGGAUACUAAAAUUUUUAAAGAAAAAACAUGCACAUUGUUAGUGUUACAUAUGAAUGUAUACAAAAAGAGUAAACUAUAUUCUUUGAAAAGAGUAAA